CAAUUGCAUGCCAAGCCUGUUCUCAUAGUUUGCGGCUAAAACUUCUCGAAUCAUGUAAAGGUGUUGCUUGGUUUUUAUGGGGUGCAAGAAACCCCCUGUCCAAGGAAUCUCCCAUGCAAAAGAAACUAUUCAACCACAAUUUCUUUCUAAGCCCAACUUCCUUUAUAAUCACAAUUUCUAAGCCCAACUUCAAAUGCUUUAACCAUGUAUUUGUUUUUGCUUCAGCAUUGUGGUGGAUAGGGAGACGGAGGAACAAUACAAUUUUUUAUGAGCAAAAGUGGGACAUCUGGGAGAAAGUUCUUGGAAGGAAGGAAGAAGCCAAAAGGAAGGUUGUGAUGCUUGGUCUUGAUGCUGCUGGCAAAACAACUAUACUUUACAAGUUUCACAUUGGAGAAGUUUUAUCCACCGUUCCUACAAUUGGUUUCAAUGUGGAGAAAGUUCAGUAUAAGAAUGUUAUUUUCACAGUCUGGGAUGUUGGAGGACAAGAGAAACUAAGGCCACUUUGGAGGCACUACUUUGACAACACAGAUGGCCUGAUUUAUGUUGUUGAUAGCCUGGACCGUGAGAGAAUUGGUAAAGCAAAGCAGGAAUUUCAGACAAUCAUAAAUGACCCAUUUAUGCUCAAUAGUGUCAUCUUGGUGUUUGCCAACAAACAGGACCUGAGAGGGGCAAUGACGCCAAUGGAAGUGUGUGAAGGACUAGGUCUCUUUGAUCUAAAGAAUAGAAAAUGGCACAUACAAGGCACUUGUGCACUUAAGGGAGAUGGUCUUUAUGAGGGCCUGGACUGGUUGGCUUCAACACUGAAGGAAAGAAAAGCUGCUGGAUACUCUUCAAUAGGAACCUCAUCCUUCUAAUAUAGGUAUUUUAGCCUUUGUCAUUGAGGAACGUGCAGGGUUUGGCCAGUUUCACUCAAGGAUGUUGUAAAAAAGUAAUCAAUUUUUUUGAGUUGCAUUAGGUUACCUCUAUAGCUGAUGAAUUAUAUAGAUGCUUUGACUUUCAAGGUGCUUAGAUAUGACUUUGCAGUGUAUAGAAGUUUGAGCAUGAUAAAUGAAAACUAAUUUGAGACUCACGAAUUCUAUUGGUAUUUUGAUGCCCCUGAUUGCGGAUUUGUA